AAGCGGAAGCACAAGCACAGCGGGGGCGGGAAGGUUGGAGUGCGGCACAUUGGAGUCGGUUUGCCGGUUUCUGAGUGGUCGCGCCCCCUUUGAAAGCGCGGUUCUGCAGCAAAGCAGUCCUGGGGCGCUCCCGCAUCGCAGUUCUUACAGGUGCUUGCUUGUAAAGUGCUGACCAAUUGCCACUGAACAUAGUUGAAACAGGAAAUAGGAAGAUGGCAGCAAACACAUCAGGACAAGGAUAGUGACAAGAGAAAUAGAGGGGAAGAGAGAGAGAAAUAUCUGCAGCUCUACUCCACCACUUGUGAAGCUUCCUUCCUGUAGAUGGGCACUGGGGGAUUGAACCUGUGUCUCACACAUGGUUUUCAAAACAAAAAUAGAGUUGCAAUCUUGGCAGAACUGGACAAAGAGAAAAGAAAAUUACUAAUGCAGAACCAGUCUUCUACAAAUCAUCCUGGAGCUAGAUCCUCUCUUAAUAAGGACUUCCGGGAUCAUGCUGAGCAGCAGCAUAUUGCAGCCCAACAGAAAGCAGCUUUACAGCAUGCACACGCACAUUCAUCUGGAUACUUCAUAACUCAAGACUCUGCAUUUGGGAAUCUUAUUCUUCCUGUUUUGCCUCGCCUUGACCCAGAAUGAAGAAGAUAUUUAUAACAAAAAUGACUGUAAUAUCAAAUGCCAAAGUUACUAUCUUUCAGUUCUAGACAUACUAUGACUUUUGAGAAUUUUGGCAAACUUAACAUUUUUUGCUUUUUUUAGAAGAUGUGAAAGUGAAACACCAAAAAGGAAGAUAAUCAAGAUGCUGAUGGCUUUGGAAGCUAUAUUUUCUGAGGAACUGAUUAUGCACUUGUGACUUGUGUAAUGCAGUUUGAUUUUUAAGUCUAAAUCAGACUCUGAAUUGGAUGGUCACAUAAACUCAUCUCCCAGCCCUAAGUAUAUCACGUCUAUAAUAGAUUUUCAAGAAUCAUUUAUAGUACUUUAAAGAAGUGAAGGUGCUUUUUAAAAAUGUGAAUCAAUAAGUUACAUUUACACUGGUUGUUUAUAGAAUUAAUAUCAGUGUACCUUUUGAAGUAUAGUCAACAGAUCAUCCUAAAAUAUUGCAUAAUUCAGAACUAGUUACCCUGUUCUCACCUUUAAAGGAAAACUCAAGAUAAAACUAAAUGAAUCAGUCUUAAAAAUAUUUUGUUAACCUAUGCAACUAUCAAUGAUGUAGCUAAAUGAUAUUAAAAGCUAUAAGAAAUGUGUUUUUAAAAAAAUUUACAUGCUUUUCAUAGUGUCACUACAUAUUGUGCUGCCUGAUUUUACUGUCCAUUUUGUGCUAUUUAAAAAUGUAUACAAGUUGAGUCCCUUUUUACUAACUAUAAAAAAGGUUUUUCAGCCUGCA